CCCCCGAGUGCGGCGCGCGCGCGGCGGUCAUGGCCGCGCUGCUCAGCUCCGCCGGGCGCCUCCGGGCGCUCUGCCCGCGGCUCCUGCCCCUCCUCCGCUGCCCACCGCCGGCCGCUGCCGCCGCCGCGCGGCCCCCGCCCCCCGGCAGAAAUCUGAUGUACCAAACAAGGUUCCUUACAGUUGCACCUGAACAGGAGGGAAGAGUUACAGAAGAACCAAAUUCAGAAAUCCAAAAUAGACGGGCAUGGCAAUUUGACUGGGCAUUAAAUAAACUGGAUAACUCUGUCAGAAAAACUGGCCGCAUCCCUAAGGCCCUUCUACUAAAAAUCUUCCAUGAAAUAUGCAGAGCAGGGUCUCCAGGGAGUAACCAGGCUUUGCUGUUGUUGCGAAGUUGUGGUGCUUUAUUACCAGAGGUAUUGUCAUCUGAAAGAACAGAACUAGCCCAUAUGAUAUGGGACAAAAUGAAAGAACUGGGUGCUGUGUAUGAUACAAGCCAUUAUAAUGCUUUGCUUAAAGUCUACCUUCAGAAUGAGCACAAGUUCUCUCCAACCGAAUUUUUGGCCAGAAUGGAGGAAGCUAAUGUGCAGCCCAAUCGAGUUACAUACCAAAGGUUGAUUGCUGCUUAUUGCAAUGAGGGUGACAUUGAAGGAGCCAGUAAGAUUCUUGGAUUUAUGAAGAAUAAAGAUCUCCCAAUCACAGAGGCAGUAUUCAGUAGCCUUGUGAAAGGUCAUGCAAGAUCAGGAGACAUGAAGAGUGCAGAAAAUAUCCUCUCGGUGAUGAGGAUGGCUGGUGUUGAACCUGGCCCAGACACCUAUUUAUCAUUACUGAAUGUGUAUGCUGAAAAGGGUGAUGCUGACAGCAUCAAAAAGACUCUAGAAGAGGUUGAGAAGACUGAAGGAUAUCUUAUGGAUAGGGUUUUGAUGCAGGUGAUUUUAAGCCUUGCAAAGGCUGGAUAUCCUCAGUACAUUGAGGACAUUAAAGAGCGCAUAAGAUUUGAAAGGGAAUUAAUUCCAGAUGCAAUGAACCUAUGUUUGACUUUAAUAACUCAUGGCUUUGAAGAUAUAAGUUUUCGUAUUUUGAAGUCUCUUCAUCAUUUAUCACGUGACAAUAUGGACCAGGGUAGCUUCUUCCUACAACACUGUGUAAAUACAGAUAUGCCAAUUAGCAAGCUGAAACAAUAUUGUAGCGAGUUAAAAGAAGCAAAAAUGCACUCAGCACCUUUACCAUUUAUUUUGCGCUGUGCUUUGGAGGCCAACAGAUCAGAUAUGGCCAUUGAUGUGAUGAAGAUCAUGAAAGAAGAAGGCUUGCCACUCAGACCUCACUAUUUCUGGCCACUACUUGUUGGGUACCAGAAAGAGAAGAAUCUCAAAGGUGUUUUUGAGAUCCUCAAAGUAAUGCAUGAGUUGGGGGUGGAACUUGAUACGGAAACUUACACAGACUAUGUUUUUAAAAAUUUUGCUGAUAUUGAGACUGCCCGUGCUCAGCUGCAGGAGAACAACUGCCUGUUUGAAACUGUUGGAUUCCGUAUAGCAGAAAUAAGAUACGAAGCAGCACAGGGAAGGCUGAAAAAUGUUCUUUCUCUGUUAUCGUCAUCAAGCACACCCUCUAUUGAUACUCGUCAUUUUAGAAACAGCCUCAUUUGGGGAUUUAAAAGCUCAGAUGAUGUAAAUCUUUGGAGCAAGAUAACAGAACUGUUGUACAAGGAUGAACGUUAUUGCCUGACGCCUCCAGGACCAACUGAAGCUGUUGGCUAUUUUCUUUAUCACUUGAUUGACAGCAUGAGUGACUCAGAAGUACAGGCCAAGGAGGAGCGUUUGAGACAAUACUUCCAUCAGCUGAAGAAGAUGAAUAUAGUUAUCCCUACAACCCACUACAGCGGCAUUUGCAGACUGCUGGACUCCUCUCAAGUUCCUGAAUUAAUUAAGGAUGCAAGGUUAUUACUUCAUAAAAAAAAUCUGUCAACUGAUAACAUUCCAGAAAGUGCUAAAUCUGACGUGUCUACUUUGGAGACGAAACUAGAAAAGCGAAAAGCUGAAAACCAGCCUAUUACAGAUGUCUUGAAACAACUCAUACACGCUCUUUGUGAAGAAGAGAAUAUGCAAAAAGCCCUUGAAGUGCAAGCCAAAUAUGAACCGGACAUGGUUGUCGGUGGCUAUGCAGCCUUAAUAAAUUUGUGCUGUCGACAUGAUAACGUAGAAGAUGCAAUGAACCUGAAAGAAAAAGUCUUCCCUAAGAAUUCACCUGUUGCUCUUGACACUGGGAAGUACGUAGCACUGGUAGAAGUGUUAGGAAAACAUGGCAGACUAGAAGAUGCUAUUAAUGUUCUAAAGGAGAUGAAAGAGAAGGAUGUUUCUAUCACAGAUAGAACAGUUGCAUCUUUUUUCCGCAUUCUUAAUGCUGCAGCCAUGCGAGGUGAAGUUGAAACAGUGAAUCGGUUACAUGAGACCAUUGUGACCCUCGGAUUGGCAGAAGCUGCUGUCCUGUAUUCUCCUCUGAUUACGGUUCAUCUUGAAAAGGAUGACAUGCCUGCAGCUCUGGAAGCUUUAAUGGACUGUUACAAGAAGCAUGGUAAAAUUCUGCAGCUUCAUAACAUCUACUGUAGACUGAUAGAAAAAGGAGAUGCUGAUCUUCUGCAAAAGGUUUCAGAUUUUAUAAGCAGAGAAUAUGGGGACAUGAUGGCUCUUUAUGAUCUCUUCUUUGCCUUCUUGCAAACAGGAAAAUACAAAGAGGCCAGGAAGGUCAUUGAGACUCCAGGCUUGAGAGCACACUCUGGAAGAUUGCAGUGGUUUGCAAAAAAGUGUAUAUCAUCUAAUCAGAUGGAGACCUUGGAACACUUGGUAGAAUUAACUCAAAAUUUAUUUGAAUGUGAUCGAGAUGAGAUGUACUACCAUCUCCUUCAAUUGUGUGACAACAACUGUGACUGGGAAAAGGCUGAAGCUGUUUGGACUAAAAUUCAAGAAGAAAAUAUUGUUCCUCGUGAGAAAACAUUGAUCUUAAUGGCUAAUAUAUUUGAGAAAAAUGGUCAGGUUGUCCCAUUUGAGGUGCCUAAGGCUAGGGAAGAAGAUACUGUAGGUUCAAGAGCUGCUUAUUUGGAAGAAAAGAAAAUAAGGAUGCUUUGCAAGAAAAAUAAUGUAAAAGAGGCCUACAAUGUUUUGCAGAAAAUGAAAGGGAAGAAUGAAUUUCAUUAUCGUACUUAUGUCAUCCUUAUAAAAGCAUUGUUGUCACAGGGUUGUCUUGAAGAAGCCAUCCAAGUGAAACGCAUCGCUGAGACCCACAUCAAGGGCUUCACACUGAACAGUGCUGCCAGCAGCCUCCUCAUCAUAUCGCAAGUUAGGCGGGAUUAUUUGAAAGAUGCCAUGGCUGUUUUAAAAGGAAUGCUUGACAGCGGCUUGCUGCCUUCUAGAGUAGCUGUUACAAGGCUCGCUGAGGCUCUGACAAUGAAAGGAGAUCUGAAGAAUCUACAAGCACUUGAAAAUAUGAUGGAAGACAUCACAAAAUCAAUUGCUUUAUCUCCCUCACUAAUCGUAAAUUCCAUUGCACUGGUUCACGCUAAGAACGAUAACCUUGAUACUGCAUUGGAAUACAUUGAGCCUCUGCUUAUCUCUGGUGCACAGAAUCCUGAUCAACCCAUCAGAAAUAUUUCCUAUUUGUUAAGAAAGUUGUCUGAGGAAGGAUUAGAGCCAGCUUUGGAAAAAUUUGGUGUGAUGGCAGAACGACUAGCCAAUCAGUUUGGCAUUUACAGACCUGUCACAGAUCUCUUCCUUCAAUAUGUAGAUGCCAACAGAGUGGAUGAUGCCAGAGCACUGCUACAGAGGUGUGGUGCAUUAGUUGAGGAGAAGAGAACAUUAGUGAAUUUCAUGGCUAAAUCAUCAUCUAAACCAGGACAGGCAAAGAAGAUAGAGACACUUAUAGAACUGAUUCCUGAUCAUCUAGAUCUGGCAAUUGCAUACCGAUACCUCAUGAGAUGUUACGAAUUAGAUGGGGAUGUUGCGUCUGUAAAGGCUGUGUUUGAGAAAACGAAAGCAAAGAAUAUACAGCUGCAUGAGCUAUCUCUGAAAUCUAUAGCAGCUUUUCUGAAAAAAGCAGGAGAGCCUGUCCCUUUCACUGAACCCCCUGAGACUUUCAAAUUCUAUGUGGAAAAAUGGAGGAAAAGAAGAUCUGAAGCAUCUUGAACAAAUUAUCUUUUAUGAUUUAGUUUAUGAAAUUGUUUAAAUAUUACAUUCAAUAAAAAUUUUAAAAAGCAUGUUGUUCUGUGUAAUUUUUAAUAUAAAUACUAUGUUUAAACAGCACUUUCCAUAGCUAUAAUUAAUAGAAACAUUUAUUAAUAGAAAUGCUUUUCUUCUCUUAAAAUUGCUAGCGAAAUAUUAAGAUGCAGCUUCUACGCUAUUCCUCUGUUUUGAUGUUUGACCUGCUGUGACCUGAAUUGUACUCUGGCUCCUGUUGCUUCAUUAAAUAUGUAUAUACGAGGAAAGUUGCUGGAGGGAUACGUAGCUGUAACUUAGCCAACUGUCCUGUCUUUCGUUGUUCUUUCCCUGAGCAAUGUACUUCGGCUUGGAAAGUAAAAGGUUAAAGAACAUCCUUUUCAAUAUUCAUCUGUAUUAACUGAGAAAAAAUAAAGACGUCUUUUGGUUAGAAUUUA